UGACGAUGAUUUCUCAUGUCUUUGUCGUCUUUGACUUGUCGAUCAUCCUGCGUGCUAUUCUCUCCCCAGGACCAACUCCACGAUCCACCAUGGCAGCUCUCAAACUCGGCCUCAUGGCUCUAGCCCCAGCGCUAGCUGUCGCUGCUGAUAUUCCCCUGUGGGAACAAUGUGGUGGUGUUGGAUGGCAGUCUGCCGGCUCGGCUUGCACUUCGGUAGCUACUUGCACGUCGUAUAACGACUAUUACUACCAAUGCGUCCCUCAGCCGACCUCCGCCGCGGUCGUCACCACCAGCUCCAAGCUCGUCACCGUCUCUGCUACUCCCACAACCACCAGCAAAGCCAGCACGACCUUGUCAACCUCCAUCAAGUCGUCCAGCUCCAGCAUCAAGUCUACUAGCUCCAGCUCCGUGCCCGCCCCCUCCGCCACCGCCGUCAAAUACUUCAUCUCCUUCGGCGACUCCUACUCCCAAACUGGCUUCGACAUCAACGGCUCCAAGCCCUCGUCCUCCAACCCUCUCGGCAACCCUGCCCUUCCCGGCUGGACCGCCUCGGGCGGGCUCAACUGGGUCGGCUUCCUGGCCUCUCAGCUCAACACCUCGCUCACGCUCUCCUACAACUUCGCCUCGGGUGGAGCCACCACCAACGCCUCGCUCGUCACGCCGUUCGCGCCCACCGUGCUGAGCUUCGUCGACCAAGUCGCCCAGUUCAGCGGGAGCAUUGCCAGCCGUCCGGUUUAUGCGCCGUGGAACAGCGAGAAUAGUCUUGUUGCGGUCUGGAUUGGUGUCAAUGAUGUGGGCAAUAGUUGGUGGUUGGGCGAAUCGGAGACGGAUGCGUUGUAUGGACAGAUCAUGGAUAGUUAUUUUGGGAGGUUGCAGGUGUUGUAUGAUAGUGGUGUGAGAACGUUCGCGCUUUUGGGUGCUGCUCCCAUCUACUACACCCCCCUGAUGAUCGGCGAGGGUGCCACCACCGUCGCUACCCAAAAGGUCGCCAUCGCCAAGUACAACUCCCUCCUGGCCUCCAGGAUGGAAGCCUUCCUCGAGGUCAACUGCGAUGCCACCAGCAAAGUCGUCGAUACCGUGGCGCCCUUUGAGACGGCCAUCAAGAACCCGACGGCGUAUGGAGCGCCCGAUGCUACUUGCUUCAAUGAGGACGGCGUGAGCUGUUUGUGGUUUAACAACUACCAUCCGGGUGUGCAGAUCCAGAUGUUGGUUGCGCAGGCGGUUAAGAGUGCGUUUACUGGCACUUUCUUCUGAUGUCGUUGAUGAAAGACUGGGGGUGGUCGGAAAGAACGGAAUGGGUGAUGGUGAUGCGGAAGGGCCGUGGCGGCGACAAGGUCAUGGGAAGACUAUGUCUGUCUGCCUGAGGUGUUAGCUUCCAUUGUAC